AUGGUUUGUGAGCUUAAACAACUUCUUGUUGUGAAUGAUCCUGAGGUUAUCUUUCUUCGUGAAACUAAAGUUCAUACUAAAAAGUUUAUCUCUAUUCAUAGCAAAUGCAGGAUGGAUGGGUGCUUGGCUGUUAAUGCAAUUGGAAAAAGUGGAGGUUUGGUCAUGAUGUGGAAAGAAGGCACAAAGAAUGGUGAUGUGGAUGCUAUGGAGAAAAUUGAGAAGGCAAAAAUCAAUAGAAUCAUUGACAGCCUGGGAAGCACGUACACGGGUAACAGGCUUAAGGCUAUAAAGUUAAAGCUGGGGAAGCUGCUGGACAACGAAGAGAAAUAUUGGGCCCAAUGUUUGAGAGUUAAUUGGCUUAAGAAGGGUGAUAGAAAUACCCGAUUUUUCCAUGUCAGAGCUACAAAUAGAAAGAUAAAAAACAACAUUGAGAGAUUGAAAGACAUGCAUGGCCACUGGAAAGAAAACACCAAAGAUAUUUGUGAGGCAGCCAGAGAGUAUUUUCAAAAUUUAUUUGAGUCAAAUUUACAAAAUUUUGAAGUGUUAAAUCUUGACUAUAUUGAGAAUUGCAUUUUAGGAGAGAUGAAUGAAAGACUAAUGAAUGAGUUUACGGAUAAUGAGAUUACGGAAGCUUUCAAUCAAAUGGACCCUGAAAAAGCCCCGGGAAUUGACGGUUUGUCGGGGAAUUUUUACAAAGAAAAUUAG